GGGCCAGCGUCCUUGUGCAAGCCGAGCUCACGAAUCCCCUCGUCGUCGUCGUCGCCGCCGCCGCCGCCGCCCGUCGCGUCUCCCCCCGACCCCCGUGCCUCGAUCCCCGGGAAGCAAAGCCGCCUCCCUUGCUCCGUCGGAGAACGGAGAGGAGCAUAUGAAGGCGGGGAGGAAGAACCUCCGGCGGGCGUGCGACGAGGGCGCCGCCGUCACGCUCGCCGAGGGCGAGAGCAUCAUGCAGGUCCUCACGCUGCGGGGCUCCAACGUCAUCGAGGUGAUGGACGGCGAGGGCGUCAAGUCCCUGGCCCUGUUCCCAGCCAAGUUCCAGAAGAGCUUCUGGAUCAAGAGCGGGAGUUUCGUAGUUGUGGAUGCUAGUGGGAGGGAACAGGCUCUGGAGUCAGGGAGCAAGAUUGCGUGUGUUGUCUCGCAAGUCCUCUUCCACGAACAAGUUCGGGCUCUGCAGAAGUCUGGUAAUUGGCCAGUUAUUUUCAAGUCAACUCCUAACGAAGGUUCAGAGACUGGAACACAAGCACAGACUGCCCAGAUAGAUGAGGAACCGGAUUCUGAUGAAGAUGACGAUCUGCCACCGCUAGAAGCAAACACGAACAGGAAUAGGCCAUAUGAACUGUAUUCUGACUCAGACAGUGGUUCUGAUUCCUGAACAGGUUCGGACAGUAACAUGCCAUUGAUGUUGUGAUACAUCCAGUGUUUGUUCCCAAAAACAACUCAGGUUCGGAAGACAUCGACUUGCACGUGCGCUAAGUUUAAAAUUCACCUCAGGCAUGAUGUGGUUUCCUCUAAGAAUUGCCUGUGCUGUCAAGGUAUUUGCCAUUUGAGUGCAGGAACUGGACCUCGAGCUAUAUGUUGCAUGUAUGUGAGAAUGUUCAUAUUCUGCGAUGGAA